UCACACAAACACAGAGAGCAGACGUCCCUCUGCAGCCGAUCAGCGCAGGUGAGCUCUCUUUUUUAACUGAUUGACAGUUUUUGAUUCACCAGGAAACUAAUUCACAUACAUGAUUUACAGCAACUGACUCAAGCUUCUUUGACUUUUUCCCUACUGUUACUACAACUAUUUAUUUGUAGAAAGAAAAAAAAAAAAGGUCAAAUUUCAUACAAAAUAGUUGUACAUUUGGAGGAUGUUCAGGUAAACUGAUUAAGCUUCAUAUUCAAUAUAUAAUAAAAUAAUUCCACAGAAUGCAGACUGUCUUCCAUUUCUAACACAGAGGCAUUAAAAAUCCCUUGAAACGUCAUACUAGUCUGUACUCUACGAUGGUUUCUUGAACGGUUCAAACCUGCAGCUCAAAUGAAGCACAAACUUUAUUCUGUUUAAGAAGUUCUAAGAAACAUUUAGAGUAGAUAGAGAAAAGAGGAAAUACUGAGACGGUGUUUCUGCAAUAAAUAAAGAAAAGAGGACAUACAGUGACUGCUGGGUGAAUUUUAUUUCCCUGCUACUGACACGGGGACAUAUUUGGCUUUUUGAAAUACUUGUAACAAUAGUUAUUAUUAUAAUUACUUUAGCUUUUUUAUUAAAAAUGUAUUUUGAUUGGAGAUUUUAAGCAGGGGCAGAUUAAGCAAACUAUUAAAGCCGGAAAUCCCUGAGUCAGCCAAUUGAAGAUUGACCAGGUUCAUAAAAGGUUUAUUUAGUUUUUGUAUUGGGGUGUUAAUCGUGUAGAGCCUUAAGUCUUUCAAACUUUAUUUCCAACAAACAUGUGAUAUAAUCACUGGGAGGUAGAUACGGGGUCGUUUGUAACUUCUUCAUUUUAUUUUUAGGAUCCGGGCACCGAAUGUACAAGGAUUUUUGUUUCCUCAUUCCUUUGUCUUGGUAAAUUGGAAAUUUGGCAGUUGUGAUGUGCCCCAAAACUACUAAAAAAUGUUCACAAUGUCAAGAUUGUGAAAGGCUCUUAUUACUUAAGUCUGCCAAUUUGACUUCAUUUUUAAAAUAAUUCCCUUUUUAAUCCACUUUUGAAACAAACUCCUCUUAGGUGAUUUGUUCGAUCUUCCCCCAAAUUACAAAUGUUGUAGACACAUUGCAAAGUAACAGUUAUCAUAAUAGAUGUAUUAUUUUCAAGACUGAGAGUUUCUAAUAUUUCAAUAUCUUUUUAAGUUUAGAAUUAACAAAUCAUGAAAUAAAAAUGACUACUGUAAAGCACAUGGAUUUGAUGUGUAUGGAGCUGAUGAUUAGUAACAGUGAUAACUUUUUAAAUGUCUACAGGAUGAUGAAGAUGGCAGGAAGUGUCGAGUGUUGUUGCGUAACUCUGCUCUUUGCUCUUACCUGUGUGUCAGCUGUUCAAGUGCUGAAUUCAAUCAAGAAUUUAAAGAAACUUGACUUUGGACCAUCUGUACCUGAACACAGUCUGGUGCUGCUCUACUGGUUUGCCAACACAGUUAUCAUCAAUCAUAACAAUGAAAUACGGUUGACAUUUGACCCAAGAAAUGGAGAUUACAGCUCACAUCCUUAUUACAACCAUGAGAAUUUGUUGGACCCACUGCCUCGAGCACAACACGACUACACUAUUGGAAAUCUCAAUCAAGGCACGUCAGUUCGACUUCCAUCUUAUGUUGUCCAUCCCCCAACUUCGUUUGCGGUAGGAAAUAUGGACAGGAUCAUAAUCAGAGUCAGGGGAGAUAGGAUAGACCAGGUGUAUCUCACACAGCAUUACAGUGGUUAUCACCACCAUGGGACAGAAUAUGAUCCAGCUCACACCUACCUGAUCACAACGAACCUCUUAAGACAAAUCAGAGAGUUUUCUAUGGGAGGAAACUACCAGACCCUGUUGAGUCUCCGCAAUCGCUUUGGAAGUAAUGCUGAUGUGUCCAGCAUCAGAAACACAUUGGGAGACCUCGCCUGCCUCGGACUGUUUUUGUGUAUUGUGAUGAAGAGACAGAUCUACUUUCGGGAACAAAGCAGAAGACCAGAAAACAGGAACAAUGAUGAGUCGAAUGAGAACAGCAGUCCAGUCAAUAACUAUGAGAACACAGGUCGAGUCAAUAACUAUGAGAACACAGGUCGAGUCAAUAACUAUGAGAACAGCGGUCGAGGCAGUAACUACACCUCAGAACCCGAAAACAACCACAAAUGCAUGUGGUGUUGUAUCAUUUUUUCGGUCCUCAUUUUCAUAGUGAUUUGUAUUGCAAUUGGUGUGUACUUUUUAUUCGGUUAAGAUUAAGAAACAGAUUUUUUUUGAUUUUUUUUUACGCUCCAUAAAGCUGAGACUCUUUGGGAUUUAAGUCCUAUAAAGCCAGACACUGAACUUUAUUCAGACUAGAAUAAGUGAUCACUACAACCUGCUUAUCCAAGACAGGAGGUGAUCAUUCUUUUUUAUCAUUAAUUGGGUUUGUACAGGUGCACCGACUGAGCGACAGGUGACUGAAAAAAUGAAUACCAGCAUGUCACGCCUUGUGAAAAUCAGAAAUGAGAAUCAGCCAAAGAAACUGCAACCAGUGCAUCUCUAAUUGAAUCAGUGCCACAGAGGUCAAAGGCCACAGGUUUGUAUGUCAGACACUGAAUACAUUUGCUGUUAAUGUCUUUUUCUGUUAUUUUUCCUGUCUUGGAAAAUUACAAUAGAUCAAACACAGUAAAUAUGUACCGUAUGACCAGGUGUACAUCACACAGCAUUAUGAUAAUACUCACAACCGGGUGACGCCAUGGUAUGAUCCAAAUCAUACCUACCAGAUCAGUAAGGACCUCUUAAGACAGAUCAGAGAGUUUGCUAUGAGAGGUCUCUGAUUAGUCUUCGGAACCGUUUGGGAGCAACGCUGAUGUGUCCACCAUCAGAAACACAUGGGGGACCCUCGCCUGCCUUGGACUGUUUUUGUGUAUUGUGAUGAAGGGACAUGUCUACUUUCAGGAACAAAGCAGAAGACCAGAAAGUAGUAACAGUCAUGUAUCUACUGGGAACAGAGUGUCAGGCAUUAAGCCCACCUCUGAAUCCAGAAACAACAACCAGUGCCUGUGCGACUGCUUAUUGUCCUCUUCAUCAUUGGUUUACUUUUUAUGUUCUUCCUCAGCAACAGAGGGCAGAGGGUCUUUUGAGUUUAAGUCCAAUUUAGUCAGUCGUUCAACUUCAUUCAGACUAGAAUCAGUGAUCAGCACAUCUUAUUCAUAAGAGGAAGUGAUCAGUGGUUUAUAUGUCAGCAUAAACUUGACCUGGUGGACUAAAGACAUCCUUGGUAACAUCCUUAAUAAGCCAGACUCUCAACAACUAGUAGUGCCUCACCCAGUGUCAAAACUUGAUCUGCAUGCCAAUUAAAAUUAUCAGAUGACUCA